AUGGCGGGAAAUAGCAACAUCAACCCCAUCAUUGCCAUCGCAGGAAAGGGCUCUCAAUACGUGGAGAGCCUCGUUUAUGAGAGCAAAGGCGACACGGGCGCAGAGGUCUUGAAGCAAUCGGCCACCCCCGGCGGACAGAUUGACUUUGUACUGCCCAAUGACCUAGAAGUAUCGCCGGCGAUCAAAUCGAUUACUUCCAUUGGAUCCGUGCAUAAUCAACCUGAGUUCGAGGAUAACCAGGAACUUGGAUUUGUUUUCUCUCGAUAUUUUACCCGGGCGUUGAACUCUGGCAAUCUCUCCGGUCAUCCCUGCGAAGUUAGGCCGCGCGGCCUGGAGGGUGUUGAAGAAGUCUUGAAAGAUUUGAAAGCCGGAAGGACAAGCGCUACCAAGUUCAUUUUUCGUAUUGCGGAUGCACAGGGAGUUAUUUUGAUGUCGAUCAAAUUCAGGUUGUAG